AAAGUUGAAGCCUUUAUCAGAAGAUCUCAGUCUCAUGCUUAACUUCCAUGAUCACAUACUUCAAUACCAAAACCUAAACCCACAAAAACUAUGUCUUUAUCGUCCACCCUCACUCACUUCACUACAUUUUCACAAAGAACAUACUUCAAAUCCACUCUCUUUACACCUAGAAAACAACAAUUUACCAUUUCUUCACCGCCAAAAUUUAGAAAGCUAGCCACUGUAGUUAGAUCAGUUCAUGAGGAUUCUGGGUAUUUACCUGCGACUGAAGCAAAACCCAGAUGGGAAAAUGUGUUGUCUACCGCUGCUAGUCUUUAUCCUCUCUAUGUGACUGUAGGAGGGGUUGUUGCUUGCUUGAAACCUGAUACUUUUGCUUGGUUUGUGAAUAGAGGACCAGCUUCUUAUAGUUUGUCUCUUGGAUUGAUUAUGUUGUCUAUGGGUAUUACUUUGGAGCUUAAGGACUUGAUUGCUUUGUUUAUGCAAAGGCCUCUCUCUAUACUGUUCGGGUGUGUUGCUCAGUACUCCAUUAUGCCAGCUUUUGGAAUGAUAGUUAGCAAAUCCUUGGGACUUUCACCUUCUCUUUCAGUUGGACUGAUUUUACUUGGAUGUUGUCCUGGUGGUACGGCCUCUAACGUGGUGACCCUAAUUGCUCAAGGGGAUGUUCCACUAUCAAUUGUAAUGACAGUGUGCACUACUCUUGGUGCAGUACUUCUCACUCCUUUGUUGACUAAGAUUCUGGCAGGAACUUAUGUUCCUGUCGAUGCUCUCAAACUUUCCAUCAGCACCCUGCAGGUUGUUGUUGCUCCAAUUCUGCUGGGUUCUUAUUUGCAGAGCACAUUUCCUGCAGCAGUGAAAGCCGUGACACCCUUUGCACCACUUUUUGCUGUUCUAGCUUCAUCACUGCUUGCAUGCAGCGUGUUCUCAGAAAAUGUUGUUCGUCUUAAAUCCUCAAUGGUUGGUGCUUCAUUGCCUCCUGGUUCUUCUCCACUUCUUGUCAUUCAAUCAAUAUUGUCUGGAGAACUGGGUGUGAUAAUACUUUCUGUCUUGUUGCUACAUGUUGCUGGUUUCUUUGUGGGUUAUAUAUCAGCAGCUAUUGGCGGGUUUAAAGAACGAGAAAGGCGAGCUAUAUCGAUUGAGGUGGGCAUGCAAAAUUCUUCAUUAGGUGUAGUUUUAGCAACUUCACAUUUCACUUCUCCACUGGUUGCACUACCCCCAGCUAUGUCUGCUGUCAUCAUGAACAUCAUGGGUAGCACUUUGGGGUUCAUUUGGAGGCACAUUGAUCCAUCUGAUUUAAAUGGCAGUAGCACUGCUAAGCCUGACAAAAUUUGAAGAUGAAAACUUCUUUUGAUCAUUGGCUCUGUACUGUAGAAGAAUACAAGGAAAAGAUCAACUACUGCUGCUAAAACCUCACUUCACCAUCUGAACCACUCCUAGUUUGGUUGUAAGAUUACAAGCCCAUAUUGAGUAGCCACUUUAGUUGAAGUGCUGUAGGCUAAGCUGUGUGGCAAAGACUUGUGCUAUUAAGUGCACUCCCAACAUGAUUUUUCCUUCAAGACAAGUUAGUGCAGGAGGCAAACUGACCCUUUGUUGUUGCUUUUGUUAUUUAAUAUGUGACAUCUUCCUAUAAGAAUAAUAAUCUAUGAGCCAAAUUAGUUUCCCGGA